AUGACCGACGCCGUGCUGGCCGCUCUGGGUCCCGCCGCUCCGUUCCUGCGGCCGGACGAGCGCGAGCGCCUGGCGGCCACCACUCGCCCGUUCGAUCCCCGCGCCGAGUGCUUCGUGCCCCACCCCACGCUCGAGUUCGUCCGCGGGCGAGUGAAGGACAGAGAUGACCGUGAGAACCAAUCCAUCCUCAUCACGGGCGAGUCGGGGGCGGGGAAAACGGUGAACACCAAACGCGUCAUCCAAUACUUCGCCAGCAUCGCCGCCAUCGGCGACCGCAAGAAGGAGGCGGCCAACAGCAGCAAGGGCACCCUGGAGGAUCAAAUCAUCCAGGCCAACCCCGCGCUCGAGGCCUUCAGUGCCUUUGAUGUCCUGGGCUUCACGGCCGAGGAGAAGGCCGGCGUCUACAAGCUGACGGGCGCCAUCAUGCACUUCGGCAACAUGAAAUUCAAGCAGAAGCAGCGGGAGGAGCAGGCGGAGCCCGACGGCACCGAAGAUGCCGACAAAUCCGCGUACCUGAUGGGGCUGAACUCGGCCGACCUCCUCAAGGGUUUGUGCCACCCGCGCGUCAAGGUGGGCAACGAGUACGUGACCAAGGGCCAGAGCGUCCAGCAGGUCUACUACUCCAUCGGCGCCUUGGCCAAGGCCAUCUACGAGAAGAUGUUCAACUGGAUGGUGGUGAGGAUCAACAACUCUCUGGACACCAAGCAGCCGCGGCAAUAUUUCAUCGGCGUCCUGGACAUCGCCGGAUUCGAGAUCUUCGACUUCAACAGCUUCGAGCAGCUCUGCAUCAACUUCACCAACGAGAAACUGCAGCAAUUCUUCAACCACCACAUGUUCGUGCUGGAGCAGGAGGAGUACAGGAAGGAGGGCAUCGAGUGGGAGUUCAUCGACUUCGGCAUGGACCUGCAGGCCUGCAUCGACCUCAUCGAGAAGCCCAUGGGGAUCAUGUCCAUCCUGGAGGAGGAGUGCAUGUUCCCCAAGGCCUCGGACAUGACCUUCAAGUCCAAACUCUACGACAACCACCUGGGCAAGUCGGCCAAUUUCGGCAAGCCGCGGAACGUCAAGGGCAAGUCCGAGGCUCAUUUCUCGCUCGUGCACUACGCCGGCACCGUGGACUACAACAUCCUGGGCUGGCUGGAGAAGAACAAGGACCCCCUCAACGAGACCGUGGUGGGGCUCUACCAGAAAUCCGCCCUCAAGCUCUUGGCCCACCUCUUCUCCAACUACGCCGGGGCGGAUUCUGGUGGGUGAUGGAAGGGCGGGAAGGGCAAAGGAGCCAAGAAGAAAGGUUCCUCCUUCCAGACGGUCUCAGCCUUGCACCGGGAGAACCUCAACAAGCUGAUGGCCAACCUCAAGACCACCCACCCCCACUUCGUCCGCUGCCUCGUCCCCAACGAGCGGAAGGAGCCGGGUGUGAUGGACAACGCCCUGGUCAUGCACCAGCUCCGCUGCAACGGGGUCCUGGAGGGAAUCCGUAUCUGCCGCAAGGGCUUCCCCAACCGCAUCCUCUACGGGGACUUCCGCCAGCGGUACCGCAUCCUGAACCCCGCGGCCAUCCCCGAGGGGCAGUUCAUCGACAGCCGCAAAGGCGCCGAGAAACUCCUGGGCUCCAUCGACAUCGACCACAACCAGUACAAGUUUGGGCACACCAAGGUCUUCUUCAAGGCGGGGCUCCUGGGGCAGCUGGAGGAGAUGCGGGACGAGGAGCAGGACAACCUGAACGACGCCGAGGAGCGCUGUGACCAACUGAUCAAGAACAAGAUCCAGCUGGAGGCCAAGGUGAAGGAGCUGACCGAGAGGCUGGAGGAUGAGGAGGAGAUGAACGCCGAGCUGACGGCCAAGAAGAGGAAGCUGGAGGACGAGUGCUCGGAGCUGAAGAAGGACAUCGAUGACCUGGAGCUGACCCUGGCCAAGGUGGAGAAGGAGAAACACGCCACCGAAAACAAGGUCAAGAACCUGACGGAGGAGAUGGCGGGGCUGGACGAGAGCAUCGCCAAACUGGCCAAGGAGAAGAAAGCUCUGCAGGAAUCCCACCAGCAGACCCUGGACGACCUGCAGGCCGAGGAAGACAAAGUCAACACCUUGACCAAGGGCAAGGUCAAGCUGGAACAGCAAGUGGACGAUCUCGAAGGCUCCCUGGAGCAGGAGAAGAAGAUCCGGAUGGACCUGGAACGGGCCAAGAGAAAACUGGAAGGUGACCUGAAGCUGACCCAGGAGAACAUCAUGGAUCUGGAGAACGACAAGCAGCAGCUGGAGGAGAAGCUCAAGAAGAAGGAGUUUGAGAUCCACCAGCAGAACAGCAGGAUCGAGGACGAGCAGGCCCUGGCUCUGCAGCUCCAGAAAAAACUGAAGGAGCUACAGGCGCGGAUCGAGGAGCUGGAGGAGGAGCUGGAGGCCGAGCGGACGGGCCGAGCCAAGGUGGAGAAGCAACGCUCGGAGCUGUCGAGGGAGCUGGAGGAGCUCAGCGAGCGGCUGGAGGAGGCCGGAGGCGCCACCUCGGCCCAGCUGGAGCUCAACAAGAAGAGGGAGGCGGAAUUCCAGAAGCUGAGGAGGGACCUGGAGGAGGCCACGCUGCAGCACGAGGCCACGGCGGCCGCGCUGAGGAAGAAACACGCCAAGAACGCGCUGGCGCACGCGCUGCAGUCGGCCCGGCACGACGGGGACCUGCUGCGGGAGCAGUACGAGGAGGAGAGCGAGGCCAAGGCCGAGCUCCAGCGCUCGCUCUCCAAGGCCAACUCCGAGGUGGCCCAGUGGAGAACCAAGUACGAGACUGACGCCAUCCAACGCACCGAGGAGCUGGAGGAGGCCAAGAAGAAGCUGGCACAGAGGCUGCAGGAGGCCGAGGAGGCCGUGGAGGCCGUCAACGCCAAAUGCUCCUCGCUGGAGAAAACCAAGCACCGGCUGCAGAACGAGAUCGAGGACCUGAUGGCCGACGUGGAGCGCUCGAACGCCGCGGCCGCAGCCCUGGACAAGAAACAGAGGAAUUUCGACAAGGUGUUGGCCGAGUGGAAGCAGAAGUUCGAGGAGUCGCAGACGGAGCUGGAGGCGUCGCAGAAGGAGGCCAGGACACUCAGCACCGACCUCUUCAAGCUGAGGAACAUCUACGAGGAGUCCCUGGAGCACCUGGAGACCUUCAAGAGGGAGAACAAGAACCUCCAAGAGGAGAUCUCUGACCUGACCGAGCAGCUCGGCGCCGGCAACAAAUCCAUCCACGAGCUGGAGAAGAUCCGCAAACAGCUGGACGCCGAGAAGCUGGAGCUCCAAGCCGCUCUGGAGGAGGCCGAGGCCUCGCUGGAGCACGAGGAGGGGAAGAUCCUGAGGGCGCAGCUGGAGUUCAACCAGGUGAAGGCGGAGUACGAGCGGAAAUUGGGCGAGAAGGAGGAGGAGAUGGAGCAGGUGAAGCGCAACCACCUGCGCGUGCUGGAGUCGCUGCAGACGUCGCUGGACGCCGAGACCCGGAGCCGUAACGAGGCGCUGAGGCUGAAGAAGAAGAUGGAGGGCGACCUCAACGAGAUGGAGAUCCAGCUGAGCCACGCCAACCGCGGCGCCAACGAGGCCCAGAAGCAGGUCAAGGCUCUGCAGGGUUACCUGAAGGACACCCAGGUGCAGCUGGACGCGGCGGCGAGCUUCGGGGAGGAGCUGAAGGAGAACGUGGCCAUGGUGGAGCGCAGGAACGCGCUGCUGCAGGCGGAGCUCGAGGAGCUCCGUGCUCUGGUGGAACAAACCGAGAGGGCUCGGAAAUUGGCCGAGCAGGAGCUGAUCGAGGCCAGCGAGAGGGUCCAGCUCCUCCACUCACAGAACACCAGCCUCAUCAACCAGAAGAAGAAGAUGGAGGGCGACAUCUCCCAGCUGCAGGCAGAGGUGGAAGAGGCCGUCCAGGAGUGCCGCAACGCCGAGGAGAAAGCCAAGAAAGCCGUCACCGACGCGGCCAUGAUGGCCGAGGAGCUGAAGAAGGAGCAGGACACGAGCGCGCACCUGGAGAGGAUGAAGAAGAACAUGGAGCAAACCAUCCGCGACCUGCAGGGCCGCCUGGACGAGGCCGAGCAGUUGGCGCUCAAGGGCGGCAAGAAGGAGCUGCAGAAGCUGCAGGGCCGGGUGAGGGAGCUCGAGAACGAGCUCGAGGCCGAGCAGAAGAGAAACGCCGAGAGCGUCAAGGGCAUGAGGAAAUCGGAGCGGCGCCUCAAGGAGCUCAGCUACCAGGUGAGGAACAGGCACAGGUGAGAACCAGGUACAGGUGAGAACCAGGUACAGGUGAGAACCAGGCACAGGUGAGAACCAGGUACAGGUGAGGAGCAGGAGGAACAGGCCAACACCAACCUGGCCAAGUUCCGGAAGGCGCAGCACGAGCUGGACGAGGCCGAGGAGCGCGCGGACAUGGCCGAGAGCCAGGUGAACAAACUGAGAGCCAGGAGCCGCGACUUCGGCGCCAAGAAGCUGCACGAUGAGGAGUGA